AUGUCAACGCCGCAUAAAAACAUCGUCAUCUUGGGAGGCUCGUUCGGUGGGAUCUCCGCCGCCCAUUAUGUUCUCAAACACGUCAUCCCUCAAUUACCCGACCAGGAAACGCACCAGGUCAUCCUGGUCAGCCCUUCAGCAACCGCCAUCUGUCGACCCGGCUGUCCUCGCGCCAUGAUUGCCGACGACUUGAUCGCACAGGAUAAGUUCUUUAUCAACAUUCCCAAGUCCUUUGAGCAGUACCCCGGUGAGCAUUUUCGCUUUGUGCAUGGCACAGCGACGCGCGUCGAUCACGACAGUCGAGAUGUCACUAUCGAUCUGGUAGAUGGGAAUGUAGAGACGAUCGACUAUCACGCUCUUGUCAUUGCAACCGGCGCAUCCACCCGUUCGCCACUGAUCACCCUACUCCGGGACGACGAAUUCCUGCGCCAAAAUUGGGCCAGUCUGCGGGGAGCGCUUCCUGCUGCCAAGAGCAUCGUCAUCGCUGGUGGAGGUCCUACCGGUGUCGAGGUCGCCGGCGAAUUGGCCGAGUAUUUGAACGGUCGGGCAGGCUGGUUUAGCUGCAAGCUGGAAAAUCCAAAAGUCCCAGUCACGGUGGUGACAUCGGCCUCACAAAUUCUUCCCGACAUGACUCCCGGGAAUGCGGCAAAGGCCGAGGAUUUCCUCGCUCGCGUUGGCGUGACCGUGAUCAAGAACACCCGGGUCGAAAGUGUGACGCCAGCCGACGCAGGCACUGAAACUGCAAUUGCGACCAAAACGACUGUGUCUCUUGACAAUGGGGAGACGCUCGAAGCCGACAUUUACAUUCCCGCGAUGGGAGCAGUACCUAAUACAAGCUUCUUGUCUGAAUCGCUUCUAGCAUCCGACGGCCGUGUCGAAACCAACACAUCAACGUUGCGUGUGGAUAGAGCCGGUCCGCGGGUCUAUGGCAUCGGCGACGCCUCGUCGUUUGGGAAACCGUCGGUUCACAAUAUCACCGAGGCUAUUCCCGUCCUUGGCGCCAACAUUAAGCGCGAUCUUCUUCUCGCUUCGGGAAAGACCGAAACCGAAGUUGGGGGCGACAAGAUUUUUAAAGAAGACACCAGGGUAUCGCAGCUAGUGCCGAUCGGGCAGAACAAGGGCGUUGGUAUGGCCUUCGGGUAUACUCUGCCCAGCUCGGUGGUGUGGGCAAUCAAAGGCCGAGACUACUGGGCAUCCAUGCUGGUAAAGAUAUGGACCGGGAAACAGUGGGACUAG